ACCCCAACCCUCCCAAACCUACUGUGAAGCCCCCAAAUCGUGGAGGAGGUGGAGGAGCUUUCAGUGACUCGGACUUAGUUGAUGGUUAUGGCGGUGGUGGCGGUGGUGGCGGUGGCGGUGACGGUGGGCGCUCAGGAGGAGGUGGUGGGGCGGACCCCGGCUAUAAUCCCCGUGGUGGUGCUGCUGACGAGCCUCAAGCAGCUGGAUCUGGACAGAUUGCAGGGAUUGCCAGCGCCGUUGGAAUGGCUCUGUUGGGAGCAGCAUCCAGUUACUUUGCUUACCAGAAGAAAAAGCUGUGCUUCAAAGUGCAGGGAGGUGCGGAUCCAGAGAGGGGUAAAGUCCAUCAUGGUAACCAGUCUGACGGUACUCAAA